GUCCCCAUAUCACGAAGCACCGAAGCAGACGACUACGACGAAGACGACGAAGACGAAGAGGAAGAGCGGAGCUAACGAGCGGCGAUGGAUUUCUGGGGCCGGGCACGGAGCUUCGCGGAGGAGGCCGCCAGGCGGUCCCAGGAGCUGACCGUGGAGGCGGCGAGGCGUUCCCAGGAGCUCGCCGCCGGCUCCUCGCGGCUCGCCGACGCCGUGUCCGAGGCGGCGAGGAGGUCGUCCCGGGAGAUCGCCGCCGAGGCGUCCAGGCGGGCCGACCAGAUCAAGCUCGAGGCCGUCAGGCGGGCCGAUCGCCUCAGGUCGCUGGCCGAGGGCUCCGCCGCGGCGGCGCCGCCGAAGGAGGAGGAGGCGGAGGAGGGGGCGGAUCUGGAGAAGUUCGGGAUCACCGACGAGCUGAGGGAGUUCGUCACGGAAAUCAACGUCACCACCUUCCGGGAUUUUCCCCUGCCAGAUGAUUCUGAAAUGUCGGAUGUUCCUACGGUCUCAAAUGUAAGGCAGGACCUUACAGAGUUUCAAGAAAAGCAUGCCAAGCUUGUACUUUCAUCUGUAAAGGAAAUCUCAAAGUUGAGAUAUGAGUUGUGCCCACGGAUUAUGAAAGAACGGAAGUUUUGGAGAAUAUAUUUCAUACUAGUUAAUAGCCAUGUUGCGCCCUACGAGAGGCAAUACAUGGAGGAUGUUAGACAAAAAGCUUCAGAAGAAGUUAAAGAACCUGCAAAUGCUACUGAAGUUAAAGAACCUGGAAAUGCUGGAGUAGCAUCUAAAGCGGAGACAGAGGAACCAAAUAAUCCAAUUAAGCUAAGCAAGACUUCCACCUCAACAGAGCAAGACUUGGAUGUCUUCCUUUUGGGAGAUCUUGGAGAUGAUGACGAGGGACCAGAUGAUGGAGAUGCAGGCUUUGAUGAUGAUUUUGACAAAAUGGUGGAUAGUUCAGAUGACGAGAAAGAGAAAGAGUAGAAGAUUCUGGGAUUGGCUGCAACACAGCUUGUUCAUUGGUAGUCCGCAUCAGGGAGAUCUUAUCGUGGCAACUGAAAUCCGAAACCUUUGUGGAGUAUCCACAGAUAUGUCCUCCGAACUUUUCCUUUAUCUAUCUACUUGCUUUGGUCUCUCGAUUAUUUUCUUAUUUUCGGCAGGAGAUAAGAUGAGGGAAGUUGGUCAGUUGUAUAAAGUAUAGAAGUUUGUGGUCAAGUGAAUUGUAUUUGUGACUACCAUUCUUUGUAGGAUCAACUCUUAGAAAAAUAAUGCUACUUGACAAUGGCUCACUAACCUGUCUCGUAGUUUUUGUAAUUGGUGCUUCCGCAACAGAGCAUUAACCUUGCUACUUGACUUUUCUUCGUUCUCAGAAUGAGUUCAAAAUGAUUUUUAUUUU